AUGAUGUUUCAUACAUUCCAUUUAAUAUUCUUGGUGCUACCGCCUCCCAAUACUAUCACAUUAGCCAAAUUUAUGAGUCUCUUAGAUAAUACAAACAAUUCUCAACAAUUACCAGCAAAAAUGAUCAACUCCAGCAGUUUUGCGGGAGAAAAAUAUUUAACAAUGAACCUCCCUUUAAACAUAAAACCGAACGGAGCUCACAUGAAGAUCACUUUACAUUACAAUGAUCCAAAUUAUUUUAAACGCUAUCAUCAAAUAUAUUCCGAAGGAGAUGUCCUAUUCGGAAAAUACAAAACGGGCGUUUUUACUAUCCUCGGAGAGUAUUCCAUCGCUGGAACGUGGACCAAUGCCGAAGGAGAUAUUUAUGAAAUACAUCCAUUAGGACUAUGUCAUAAAAGAGUUGGCAACAAUUUAUACAAUUAUCCGUGGAUAGCUUACGUUAAACUCUCCCGACCUGACGAUCUCAUCCAAGAAUGCGUGUCAAUAUAUAAUAAGAUGAAACGUGCCGUGAUGCGAGGUGCUCUUGCGAUUAUUUUGGAUAUAUCGUUAGAUAUAGAUGCCAAGUAUAAGCUUAUAUCUCAUAUCCACCAGCAGCAAUCCAUACCUCGGCCAAUUAUUUUGAUCAAAGAUGAUCAAGCCUUAAAAAUGCUUAGAAUGAUGAAAAUAAGUCGUUUUUCAUCUGUGCUAAUAUCUAAAGACGAUGGGGCUUUGUUUCCCCUUACCGCCAAAAAUCAGAAUACCUCUGAUGACACAAUUACGUUUGCCUUUUACUCGCUAAUUUUUAUAGCAAUUUUGAUAUUGUUAUCAGUGAUGAUGAAGUUUUAUUAUAACUGGUCCACUCAUACAAAGGGUUCAACAAAAUAUAACUAUAACAAGAAAAUCAAAAAGAUUUUGACCCAUAUGCGAAGUUCUAAUAUAUCGACAACUCUUAACCUUUCUAACCUUCGCGAAAAAACUAAAAAAAGUAACAAUGAUUCCUCCAGGAAAGAGAACUGCGCGAUAUGCUUAGAUACUUUUAAAUUUGGCCAGGAUCUGCGGAGAAUUUUUUGCGGGCACGAAUUCCAUAAAGUUUGCGUUGACCCUUGGUUAGCGAUUCAUAAAACUUGCCCAUUGUGUAUCAGAAGAGUAUCAAGGAAAUGGGAACAAAAACCUGCUCAAUAUACUUCUCAUUCGGACAAAAUUUGCUUUAGGACUCGAAAGGAUUUGUUAAAUAUAGUUGCUACCAAUAAUGAAUGCACAGAGCAGUGCAAGAAAUGUAGGAUAAAACAAGAACGUCAAAAAUUUAUGAGUCCUACUAUUAUGUCCUGCCAUAUCAAUUAUUCGGCUCCAAGAUACUAUAAAUAUUCUAAUAACCCUUACAUGCUAAUGCGUUGUCAAAAAAUAUUUGAUAGGCGCAAAUAUUCAAAAAUGGAAUUCGCAUCGGAAAAACCUGUUGAUUACGGUUAUUGGCCAAAUCAGAAAAAAUAUUGCCCAAAAUAUAAUUUUUACCGUCAUCGGUGGUGUGCCGCCACGCCCGAAAACUAUCAAGCUAGAAAAAAUUAUCACCCAACUUCUAUCAUAGAUAUAAAUAAAAAAUCACAUCGCUUGCGACACAAAAAUCUUAAACAAAUUCGUUAUCUCAAUGAUUUAGAGUUCAACAGAAUCUCAAAAUCUGGCAAAAAAAUUAAAUACGUAUUAAAUCGAUCAAAGAAGUGUGAUAGCGCGUGUUACAAUUCAAAAUGUUUAGAAGCCAUAAACCCGAAGAGUAUUGUUGAAAACCACGGUAUGCUUCACUUUAUUAAGGCGAUAAACGAUAACAAACAUUGCCUAACAUCCUUUCAAAAGACUUUAUUUUGUAAAAACAACAAUUCGACCAAAAAUAAGGUUCACACCUCAACAAACAUGAAAACCCGAGGACAAUUAGUUCGCCAUAAAUGCAUCAAGAAUAUCAAUUAUAAAUCUUUACUAUCACCAUUGAAUUGCGUUAAUUAUACUCAACAUUCUUCCGAAAGAUAUUGCCUUUUAGACAAUAUACAUUAA